AUGCUCUUGUUGGGUUACCUUAUAAAGGAAGCCAGCGAACUAAAUGAAGAAUUGGCAAUAAAGAAGUUGGAGCGAUUGUCUUCUUUAGCCGAGUUGGCUGAUGAGAUUUACGGGCCUAUUAUACUUCUAAGUGCUACAAAUUGCUUUGGUAGUGCCUUAAUUAAUCUCUAUGUCUUGCUGGCAAACUUGUAUAUUGGGAACAUUAUUGUGAUGAUCAUUGUGAUUGGCUGGGUAGGAAUCAGCGUAACAAACCUUCUGUCAAUUGUCUAUUCAUCUGGUAUCUUCAAUAAGCAGAUUCAUAAAUUCAAUGAAGAAUUACGUAUGAAAAUAAUGUCAGAUGAAACUCAAGAGUAUUCCGAAAACGAAAUUUUGAACUUCCACUUAUUCGCGUACAAGGCAACGGAAUUCACAGCAUGCGGGUUUUUCAACAUUGACUACACAGUAAUUAGUUCUGUAAUUGAAGUGGCGUGGGAAAAUAUUUGCACGUCUGAAACUGUAAGCGACUCAGGCCAAACGGCAGACUAUCUUAAUGAUGGAAUACAACGAGGCGCUCCAGGAUAUCUUCCACAUGCCAAGGAUAUUGGGUACCUUUCCAUUCGACAGUCAGUUCAGGCUCUCUAA